AUCCACCAAAAUAAUAUCACAGGGACCAUUNGAAGCAGUUUGGCUGCGUUGCAAGGUCAAUAUGAAAGAUGGCAGCCCAGGGUCCGAUAUCAUCUUAUUACAGAACCAACUUUGGAUGACGUACAUAAGCUGUGCGUGCAACUUCGAAAUGAUGCAAAAGAUGAAAGAAUUCUCUUUCAUUAUAACGUCCAUNAAGUUCAAAAACCACCCCCAGCUGGUGAGCUGGCUUGGAACUUCAUCCGCAUUGGUUUUCGAUUGCUCNAAUACAGUUUUGAUAGUUUCAACCUUUCUNGAUUUUGCNGAAAGAAGAGACAAACUUGCGUCAAUAUCGGACACAUAUUCGGAUCAAGUAGAAGAGAGNAACUCUGCAAGCGACAAGAAUGCUUGGAAAAGGGAGCUCAAGUCUUUUCAAGAGAGUAUUCUAUUCGCGUCUUGCGGAGCGAAAGAGACUUUGCCAACCGUUGGCUUGUCGCUGGUUCCUACUUCGAUCCCUACUAUCUGGGGCUUGGAGAACUUAUUNGANAAGCAGUUUUUUAUUUAUCUAUCGGAGACNAAGAUAUCUUCGAGGGUUUUCUCUGCUGUAACAAAUUGUAUUGCAGAGAAUUGUAUUCCAAGGACACUGUUUCCNAAACUGUUUCCUCAAGACUUGCUGUUGCUUCUCUUUUUAGAAAUUUUUGGUUAGCCAAAGAUAUCCUUAAGUCUCUAUACUGAACACUUCAAAUGUGCGUCCAUUUAUCCACUCUGUCUGGCUCAGCUGCCAUCGUCAUUGUCGACUAAUGAAAAAAGAAAGGAUCCGAGAAAAUG